UGUUGACUGACUGACUGUACAGUGCUGGCUGUCUAUUUCCUGGUGGCUGUACACUUCAGAUUAUUACGGGAGAAUGAAUAAAACCUUCAUAUCUAAACAAUAUGGAGGACGCUCAAACCUCAGAAGACUUCUGUUGCUGCUGUUUCUGGCAGGCCUUCAGCCAGUACUGUCCACAGAUGGAGAGAAACCUGAACUAUAUGAAGACGAGGAGAAUGGAGAGAAAAUCAAAUGCUCAAUAGUCGGUCCGGACUACGUGACUGUGGGUGUGCCGAGCAGCGUUGAAUGUGACGCCGACUGCCCAAAAUGUACCUUUUCUAUGUCUUUGGAUGGACAGAAAGCCCAGGGUCAGGGAAGCGUGUUAGCCUUCACUGUUGACAGCUGGGCGAAGGCCCUAACAGUGACAUGUACAGUUACAAGUGACGAUACAGGGCUGACUGCCACGACAACAAAGCAACUGCAAGUGUUGGCCGGACCUGCCAAUGUUUCCAUCACAGGCACCGAUUUGAUGCAACCAUCUGUGAGCCACACAUACAGCUGCCACGCCUACUGUCGACCAUCUUGCACCUACGCCUGGAGGACGGAUAAAGACCCAUGGAUGAGUGGUCAGGGGAAUGUUAUUUCUAUCACUCCUCAGGAGAUGGACAACUCCAAAACUGUCAUCUGCAAAGCCUCCAACAAUGUGUCUGGGCUGUUUGUCGUCGCUACUCGAUUCAUAGCUGUGAUGUCUGGUCCUUCAAAGGUUCAGAUCAAUGGCCCCGACGUGAUAGAAAUUGCAGAAACAUAUAAGUUUGUGUGCACCUCUGAAUGUCUGCCCUCUUGUCGCUACGUGUCAUCUGUGAACAGUCAGACUGUGAGGGGCAACGUGAUCGAGAUGACAGUGGAUCAUCCGCUAAAAUCGGUCACUCUCAAGUGUGAGGCUCAGAACACUGCUUCAAAGAAGACUGCCACAACCAUAAAGACAGUACAAAUAACACGGUCAGAUCGGAACCUGUCCACUCGACCUGAAGAGGCCUCGGCUGUGCUGCUGCUGGCCUUCAUCAUUUCUGCUGCCUUCACACUGUGACAGAUCUUGAAGGAGGGUUUUUGAUCUCUGGAGAAUUAUUGACUCAUGGACCGCUAAUUUCAUGCUGCAUUCUUCUCUAUUGGUGUCGCAGGCUGACAGGUGGCCGAACCCUGUUUGCACUUUCUAGUGAGAGGCGUGGAAAAGCACUUCAAUAUCCAAGCGUGGACAUGUAAUGA